AUGCCCCGCGUCGCUGGCACGGGGCACAGGGCACAGGGCACGGGGCACUCGGGGGCGGGCGGGGCGGCGGCGAGAGGGCCAAGGGGGGCGAGAGGCGGCGACAUUAAGAGGGAACGAAGACCAGCAAUAAUGCAAGAGGCGCUCGAGCGCCUCUCGGACCGGCUUGCCUGCGGCGGGAGGCGGCGCAAGAGUCGGGGCGACGAGGACUGUUGCCGCAGCCCGACGCGGACGCAGCGAGGGAAGGCGCCACAGUCAGGGAAUACAGAUAACCUUCUAUGUCAGGGAGUGACACGCAGGUUGAACAACCUGCCUGCCUGUGAGCACGAGAACGUGACACCGUCAACACAACUGCAAGACAUAAAUAAUAAUGUGCAGGCGCCCUCAGCACAACCCCCCGCCCCCCCAGCUCGGGCCAACGGGGCUUCUGGUGCACAGAAAAAAUACGCUCGUACUCCCUCACGCAGACGUACUCUGGCUCCCCCGGUUCGGACGACGGCCAACGCAUGCGGGCGCUGGAAUCCCGCCUCAGCACCUUCGGCCGAGGACACAGACGCGGGAGGACCAAGACAACGCCCUUGCUCCUGCGGCAGACACGCGGACGUCACAGCAGGUGAAAGCGCUGAGGCACGACGCCGCUCAAGAGUACCGCUAGCCCUGGUGCCCCCGAACUGCUGCUGGGGGAAUUACCUUUACAAGGCACCUGCACCCCUGGCCCGCCGCCGCUCCAGCGAAAGCCGCCCACGGCGUCGAGAGGCCUCCAGGCGGCGCGCGCUCCGUGGGGCCAGGGAGGUUGCGGCGGGCGCGCGGAUACGGCCGACACUGCGGCCAACAUGCACAGAGCCAAGCACCACGAGGGGGGGAGGGGGUCCAGCCAGCGUCCAGGCCAGCGCCGCCGCCUCGGCGUCCAGCUGGCGAGGGCGCUGGCCUGGACGUCCCGAGGCCUCGCCGCGCCCGGCCGCUCCCGAGCGCCGCUCGUUCCGAGACUCAGUGGCCCACCAUGCAGCCAGGUCGGCCGCCCAUUCCCGCCCACGCCCUCAAACGUGCAGCGGGGGUCACGAGGGGUGA